GCUUAAUAGAAGACGAUGAAUAUCUAUCACAAUGUCUCGAAGAAGCCUCUACGUUUCAGUUUCCCAAUGCUCUUAGAAGGUUAUUUGCGACCAUAAUGAUUUUUUGCCAACCUGGAGAUAUUCGAAAGUUAUGGAAUGACCACUUUGAUUCACUAUCUGAAGAUCAUCGGUUACACUGUCAAAGUAUAGAACGAGUUCAAAAUAUGGUUCUUACCGAAAUAAGUGUCUUGGUACAAUCCAUGGGUAAAAAUUUCAAUGAAUUCGAUCUUCCUAAGAUAACAGACGAUGUUAACUUACAAGAUACAGGUUAUCGUGAGUUACAAGAAGAGUAUGGGAUUGUUUUGGAACCUGAACACUUGAGUGCCAAACAUUCACUUAAUCCGGACCAAAAAAACGUGUUUGAUGAGAUCAUGAUGCAUGUUGAUAAUGAUCUUCCAGGCGUGUUCUUUAUUGAUGGUCCAGGUGGAACUGGAAAAACAUUUUUGUACAUUGCCUUGCUUGCUGAAAUUCGGUCACGUGGUCUUAUUGCUCUCGCAACAGCUUCAUCAGGUGCAGCGGCUAAUAAUAUGCCAGGAGGUAGAACGGCUCACUCGAGAUUCAAGAUUCCUCUUAAUCUUGAAAAUAACUCAAUGUGCAAUAUUAAAAAACAGAGUGGGGCCGCUAAACUGAUUCGCUCUGCCAAAAUAAUCAUAUGGGAUGAAGCGUCGAUGGCUAAACGACAAGCGAUAGAGGCAGUCGAUCGUACAUUCCAAGACAUUAUAGGUGUUAGUCUCCCAUUUGGUCAGUGGCGGAGCUUGACCAAAACUUUCGAGGGGGCGUAAAGUAAUGGGACCCAAAAAACUUUUUUCCUAUCGUUAUGUUUCGGUUCGAAUUGGGUUGGCUAUUCGAUUCAAAUCGGGUCAAAUAAUAAUAGUUCCAAAUAAAACAAAGUGUAUAUUUACCACACUACCCAUCAUUUAUGUACAAAGUUUAUAAAUAUUUAGAAUAUACAAUUUAGGAAAAAUAAUCUAGGGGGCGAUCCUAUAUAAUUUUAAAAUUUUCGGACGAAAAAUCGGAACUUGUACACUUCUAACCGAAAUAUUGGGGUGGGCGGGUGCACCCCCGAGCACCCACUAUCCUCCGCCUCUGCAUUUGGUGGAAAGAUAAUGGUUAUGGGAGGUGACUUCAGACAGGUGUUGCCGGUUAUCAAACGUGGCACUCGAGCACAGAUUGUAGACUCCAGCGUACGAAUGUCACCUCGUUGGUCUUUGACUAAGAAGAUGCGGUUGACCAUAAAUAUGAGAGCGCUGAAAGAUCCACGGUUUUCUAAAUUUCUUUUAAGAGUCGGUGAUGGAACUGAAGAACCAAUCGAAGGAAACUAUAUCCGCAUACCCGAUGACAUGACAAUUCAGUGCAACAACAGAGAAAACGCUAUAAAAGAAUUGAUCCAUGCCAUCUUUCCAUCAAUUGAAGAUAAUGUAUAUUCUUCAGAUUAUAUAAUCUCUAGAGCAAUAUUGUCCACUAAAAAUGAUAGUGUUGACGAGAUUAAUAAUCAAAUGAUUGAAAUUUUUCAAGGGGAGGAAAAAGUUUAUUACAGUUUUGAUGAAGCUGAAGACGAUCAGCGCAACUUCUAUCCGGUCGAGUUCUUAAAUUCGCUAAAUGUUAGUGGUUUGCCGCCUCAUAAGCUUCAUUUAAAAAUUGGAUGCCCAAUAAUAUUGUUACGUAAUAUCGAUCCAUCACAUGGCCUGUGUAAUGGCACGCGGUUGAUAUGUAAGGGUUUCAUGCGAAAUGUUAUUGAUGCGGAAAUUGCAGUCGGUCAACAUGCCGGAAAAAGAGUUUUUUUGCCAAGAAUCCCUCUAACCCUUUCUGAAGAUGACAUGUUCCCAUUCAAGCUGAAAAGAAAACAAUUUCCAAUUCGACUUAGCUUUUCCAUGAUGAUUAAUAAAGAUCAAGGUCAAACAAUUCCGAACGUUGGUAUUUAUCUACCGGAUUCUGUAUUUUCACAUGGACAACUUUAUGUCGCGUUAUCAAGAGGGAUUUCAAGACAAAGUACGAAGGUGUUGGUACAUCUCGCCAAAGAAUUCAAACAACGCGGAGUUUACACAUCAAAUGUUGUCUACCAGGAAGUGUUGCGUGAUUAAUUAAUCGCAUCCGUAUCAAAACGAAGGAGAGGAGAAGAUACAAGAAAGUCAUAAGCGAACGGAUGUAUUGGUAAAACAGGAAGAGAUACAAGAGACUCCCCGCAUUUUGUUUUUAUUGUUUUGUCCAGCUACUUGACUGUUUUGAACUCUUCUUGUUUUUAAUUACAUCUACUUCCUUGUUUUGUA